UCAUUCUAGAUUUGAAUAACAAAAAUGUUUUUACAGAGUUUUUAGUACUUGUUGCAUCUGUCAGUCAGUGUAAGCAUGUUUAAAUUAUUCCACUUUUUAUGUUAUGACAAACAAUUAUAGAACAAGAACUUCAGACAGGAUAUAAAUCAUAGAAAGUAGCUGUGCAAGAAAAAAAUCUAUCAAAUUGGACAAAAAGAAAACGAGAAAACUUUAAAAUGAAUACAAUAAAUGGUUUAAAAUUAUUUUGGUUUUUAUGUGUUAUUUACUGCACUUCCUGUCUACUGGUAGAACUGGCACCUCAAGUGAAUGUUAUUGCUGGGGAAGACUUAAACAUCACAUAUUAUUUUAAUGACGAAGUCAAAAAUUGGUACAAUUUAAGAAUAUUCGCAGAUAAUGUGUUAUUAUUUGAGAAGGAAAAAUAUCGAACUACUGUCCUACAUAAUACUUCAUAUGGCGAUAGAUUAGUCAUAACAUUUCAAGAAUAUGUACAGGCUCUAUUAUGGAUAAACAACAUGACUUAUACAGAUUCGAAAAUAAUGACGUUUGAAUAUUCGUCGUCACCAGAGAAUAGUUCAAUAGGUCAUAUUAAAACAACUAACACUCGAUUUCCUGUUAACGUUGAAGGUGGUCCAAGUAUCUGCGGAGCAUUACCUUCGCCAGUAACAUACCUCAAAUCACGCGAUCAAACAACAUUGUCAGUGUUUCUGUGUGGACAUCCCACCCCAGAAGUUAUUUGGAAAGUUGAUAAUCGUUUCCUAAACGGUACAGUCGAAGAAAUAGAUGAAGAAACAGAGCUAUUCAAAUACACAUUGGAUUUCAAGAAUUAUUUGCAACCAAAAAAGUGUUCUGUUAAGGUGUCAUUAAUGGCACGAGGACAUUCUGAGGAAGAACAAGUUUUUCAAAGUGAAAUACAAUAUGGUGCAAUAAUAUCCAUCAAGUCGUUGAAAAGAAAAAUGGACUGCAUUUUCACAGAGUGGACACCAAAACACGUCAAUAAGUGCUCAAUAUACUAUGAGGUUGAAUAUAGAGAUAGAAGAAAUGAUGUACUAUGGAGAGAAAACACAACUACAAAUGAAGCGAUAUUCUGUAGCAAUGUCAGUGCAUCAAAAGUGAAUUCUGUUUGGAUUCGAGGAGUGUUUCUAAAUGAACAAAAUGUAUAUGGUAACUGGUAUAUCCAUGCAUUAUCCACAAAUGAUCAGAAGAAAGAUCACAAUAUCCUUGUGGCUGUAUCAUCGGCUGUGGGAAGCUUCGUCGUAAUAUGCGUUAUCGUCAUUAUUGUGAUCUCAUGUAAACGCAAAACCAGUGAACCAAGGAAACAUCACUCCACCCGUUUUAAAUCCCAGAGUGUGACAAUUAAAGAACUUGAAGAAAAUGAGAAUGUGGAAGAAAAUAAUGAUUACAAAGAUUUAAACUGUCUUGAUAUCAGCGAAGAAACUUACUCAAAACUCACUCCUCCUAAAAGUCGUCUCCACAAAGCUCGUGUCCAACUUAGAUACUCCAAAGGAAAAAUAAAAUCAUUUAAAAAACACUCCACGAAGAGUACUCAUGAAUAUGAAGUUCCACCAUCUCUUCUAGCUAACAUGUCUAAAGACAAAACAGCUGAUUGAUGCAACAUCCACACAACAUCCACACAUGCAAAAUAACACAGCAUUACUUACAGCUUACAGGAAAGAAAACAGUUUUUUGAACGUUAAUAAACAUUGGUAUGGUUGUAUUUGUUUUGGUUUAACAAAGUUGAAUGAAGCGAUUGCACAUGUAGCAGCUCGUAUAAGAAAAUGACAAAAGUUUCUCGAGUCAAGCAUAACCUGUAUGAAAGAAGAAUUCACUAACGCAUUCAAGGAAGCAUAAAAGUUGGACUUGUUAUGAAGAUAAUCGCAUUAAAUUUCUUCGCUUGUACAAGUUAAAGAUGAGACACUUUGAUAACAUAAAACUUGCCAAGGCAACACUGUUUUUGCCUUUAAGCUCGGGUAUUUUAUUUAAAAAUGCAAUGUCCGUUUAGUUACUUUUGAAAUGCAUAAGCUUGUGGUAAA